AUGAUUGGGAGGAGCGCGAGCAUGGAGGAGGGGCGAGCACGGCUGCUGGCAGCUGAUGCAGCACUCACGGAUGCCAUUCUCACGGGCGUGAUCAUGCCCACACCCACCUCCUCUUCCCUGGGCUUCCCCCAGUGCGCGCAGCAUGGCAGCACCGCGACUGCCCAUAAUGGCGGUGGUGGUGGCAUGGUGGGCAGCAGCGUGGAUUGUAGUCACAGCAUCAGUGUAGUGUGGCGAUCGGGCGGCGCAGCCUUGACAGCAGCAGCAGCAGCGUGUGCUGCAGAGACAGGGCAGCGUGGCACUCAAUCGACAAGUUCUACUCUCCUUGCUCCUCUUCUACUCUCCUUGCUCCUCUUCUACUCUCCUUGCUCCUCUUCUACUCUCCUUGCUCCUCUUCUACUCUCCUUGCUCCUCUUCUACUCUCCUUGCUCCUCUUCUACUCUCCUUGCUCCUCUUCUACUCUCCUUGCUCCUCUUCUACUCUCCUUGCUCCUCUUCUACUCUCCUUGCUCCUCUUCUACUCUCCUUGCUCCUCUUCUACUCUCCUUGCUCCUCUUUACUCUCCUUGCUCCUCUUCUACUCUCCUUGCUCCUCUUCUACUCUCCUUGCUCCUCUUCUACUCUCCUUGCUCCUCUUCUACUCUCCUUGCUCCUAUUCUACUGUCAUUUCUCCUCUUCUACUCUCCUUGCUCCUCUUCUACUCUCCUUGCUCCUCUUCUACUCUCAUUGCUCCUCUUCUACUCUCAUUGCUCCACUUCUACUCUCAUUGCUCCUCUUCUACUCUCAUUGCUCCUCUUCUACUCUCAUUGCUCCUCUUCUACUCUCCUUACUCCUCUUCUAAUCUCCUUGCUCCUCCAGGGCUUUCUCUUGUGUGUGAGAGCCGCAUGCCAGCAGUAGCAGACCGCGUGGUGCUGCGCAAGCUGGCCCAGGACAUGUGUGAGUGGUCGCGCCUGCUGGUGAGUGACCACAAUGCCCAUUUUUUCUCUGCACCCAUCUCCCCACCACCCUCCCUCACCCCUCUUCCCCAACCCUCUCCCCCACCCCUCUCCCUCACCCCUCUCCCCCAACCCUCUCCCCCACACCUCUCCCCCAUCUCUCUCCCCCACCCGCUUGCCCCAACGGCCUCUACCCACCCGUCUCCCCUCCCUGCUUUCCCGCACCUCUCCCCCACUCUCCGCACGCCCCACCCUUACCCCUCUCUGCCACGCCUCUCUCCCAACACUUCCCUGAACCUCUUUCCCAAGCCUCUCCCCCAAACCUCUCGCCCAACCCGCUCCCCAACCCCUUUUCCCCCACGCCUCCCGCCUGUGCCUCCCCUCCACGCCUCCUUCCAACACCUCCCCCUCUCACGCCUUGGCCACACGCCUCUCCCCCACCGUCUUCCUCCCCCAUGCCCUGAUCCUGCCGGGAGGAGUCAGCUGGCGAGGAGGCAGUGGGAUCCAGUGGCUAGCGCAAGUCAAUCGUCACCCCACCUGCACAUUCCCCACCUGCACCUCUUCCACGGCCCUGCCACUCGUUUCCUGUCUUUCAUGCCCUCUUGUGGGUGCGUUGUAAGAAGAGGGGGGGAGUGGGGUGAAGACAAGGCAGUGCCGGGCCUAUUCAGCAGGCGCAAGGCCAAGAUGACCACUAUUAUCACGUCUCCCUCUGGGCACUUGGCAUUUUCUCUGGCAGGCAGUGUGCUCCGCCUCCUCUGA